ACAGCCAAAUGGUGCGACAGGAGGAGUUGCCGCUGCGGCCGCACAGCCCCGCACCGAGAGGUUCGAGGCGGCUCCUGGCGUCUCCCUGAGGCAGCGACUGAGCAAGGGAGUCCAGCACGGGCGGGCGGCGGCGAGGGGGAGCCCGCUACGAGUGUCCCGGCUCCCCGCCGCUCUCCAAGAACCGGGCGAAAUAAGCCGCGCCUCCAGCAGGGGCUGCGCCUCCAUGAAUCCCUAGGUUUUUUUCUUUCUCUCCCCGCUCCUCACCCCCCACCCCGGAUCCCGUCCCGCCUUCUCCCUUCGCCCGCCAGCAGCGGCCGCGUCCAGGUGUGGAGUCCAGAGCGGAACGCAAUGGCGUCCAACCCCGAACGGGGGGAGAUUCUGCUCACGGAGCUGCAGGGAGAUUCCCGAAGUCUUCCCUUUUCUGAGAAUGUGAGUGCUAUUCAAAAAUUAGACUUUUCAGAUACAAUGGUGCAACAGAAAUUGGAUGAUAUCAAGGAUCGAAUUAAGAGAGAAAUAAGAAAAGAACUGAAAAUCAAAGAAGGAGCUGAAAAUCUGAGGAAAGUCACAACAGAUAAAAAAAGUUUGGCUUAUGUGGACAACAUUUUGAAAAAAUCAAAUAAAAAAUUAGACGAAUUGCAUCACAAGCUACAGGAACUAAAUGCACAUAUUGUUGUAUCAGAUCCAGAAGAUGUUACAGAUUGCCCAAGGACUCCAGAUACUCCCAGUAGUGACCCUCGUUGUUCCACCAGCAAUAAUAGACUGAUGGCCUUACAAAAACAAUUGGAUAUAGAACUUAAAGUAAAGCAAGGUGCAGAGAACAUGAUACAGAUGUAUUCAAAUGGAUCUUCAAAGGAUCGGAAACUCCAUGGCACAGCUCAACAGCUGCUCCAAGACAGCAAGACAAAAAUAGAAGUGAUACGAAUGCAGAUUCUUCAGGCAGUCCAGACCAAUGAAUUGGCUUUUGAUAAUGCCAAACCUGUCAUAAGUCCUCUUGAACUUCGGAUGGAAGAAUUAAGGCAUCAUUUUAGGAUAGAGUUUGCAGUAGCAGAAGGUGCAAAGAAUGUAAUGAAAUUACUUGGCUCAGGAAAAGUAACAGACAGAAAAGCACUUUCAGAAGCUCAAGCAAGAUUUAAUGAAUCAAGUCAGAAGUUGGACCUUUUGAAGUAUUCAUUAGAGCAAAGAUUAAAUGAACUUCCCAAAAAUCAUCCCAAAAGCAGUAUUAUUAUUGAGGAGCUUUCACUUGUUGCAUCACCAACACUAAGUCCACGUCAAAGUAUGAUAUCUACACAAAACCAAUACAGUACCCUAUCCAAACCAGCAGCACUAACAGGUACUUUGGAAGUUCGUCUAAUGGGCUGUCAAGAUAUCCUAGAGAAUGUCCCCGGACGGUCAAAAGCAGCAUCGGUUGCACUACCUGGUUGGAGUCCAAGUGAAACCAGAUCAUCUUUCAUGAGCAGAACGAGUAAAAGUAAAAGUGGAAGUAGUCGAAAUCUCCUAAAAACCGAUGACUUAUCCAAUGAUGUCUGUGCAGUUUUGAAGCUAGAUAAUACUGUGGUUGGCCAAACUAGCUGGAAACCCAUUUCCAAUCAGUCGUGGGACCAGAAGUUUACACUGGAACUAGACAGGUCACGUGAACUGGAAAUUUCAGUUUAUUGGCGUGAUUGGCGAUCUCUGUGUGCUGUAAAAUUUCUGAGGUUAGAAGAUUUUUUAGACAACCAACGGCAUGGCAUGUGUCUCUAUUUGGAACCACAGGGUACUUUAUUUGCAGAGGUUACCUUUUUUAAUCCAGUUAUUGAAAGAAGACCAAAACUCCAAAGACAAAAGAAAAUUUUUUCGAAACAACAAGGCAAAACAUUUCUCAGAGCUCCUCAAAUGAAUAUUAAUAUUGCCACUUGGGGAAGACUAGUGAGAAGAGCUAUUCCUACAGUAAAUCAUUCUGGCACCUUCAGCCCUCAAGCUCCUGUGCCUCCUACAGUGCCAGUGGUUGAUGUACACAUCCCUGAACUAGCACCUCCAGCUAGUGAUUCUGCAGUAACCAAAUUGGACUUUGAUCUUGAACCUGAGCCUCCUCUGGCCCCACCACGUGAUUCUUCCCUUGGAGAAAUAGAUGAAUCUGCUGAAUUAAGAGAUUUGGAUACACAAGGACAGGUUUCAGAAACAGUUUUUGAUACUGAGAAUGACAGAAAUAGACUACUUCCAAAAUCUCAAUCUGAAUAUGAGCCUGAUAUUCCUCAAUCAGGCCUAGAAUAUAGUGAUAUUCAUGAACUUGAGGACAGAAGAUCUCAACAAAUGUUUCAGUUUAAUCUACAAGACUUCCGGUGUUGUGCUGUCUUGGGUAGAGGACAUUUUGGAAAGGUGCUUUUGGCUGAAUAUAAACACACUAAUGAAAUGUUUGCUAUAAAAGCCUUAAAGAAAGGAGACAUUGUGGCUCGAGAUGAAGUAGACAGCCUGAUGUGUGAAAAAAGAAUUUUUGAAACUGUGAAUAGUGUAAGGCAUCCCUUUUUGGUGAACCUUUUUGCAUGUUUCCAAACCAAAGAGCAUGUUUGCUUUGUAAUGGAAUAUGCUGCCGGUGGGGACCUAAUGAUGCACAUUCAUACUGAUGUCUUUUCUGAACCAAGAGCUGUAUUUUAUGCUGCAUGUGUAGUUCUUGGGUUGCAGUAUUUACAUGAACACAAAAUUGUUUAUAGAGAUUUGAAAUUGGAUAACUUAUUGCUAGAUACAGAGGGCUUUGUGAAAAUUGCUGAUUUUGGUCUUUGCAAAGAAGGAAUGGGGUUUGGAGAUAGGACAAGCACAUUUUGUGGCACUCCUGAAUUUCUUGCCCCAGAAGUAUUAACAGAAACAUCCUAUACAAGGGCUGUAGAUUGGUGGGGCCUUGGCGUACUUAUAUAUGAAAUGCUCGUUGGUGAGUCUCCCUUUCCUGGUGAUGAUGAAGAGGAGGUUUUUGACAGUAUUGUAAAUGAUGAAGUAAGGUAUCCAAGGUUCUUAUCUACAGAAGCCAUUUCAAUAAUGAGAAGGUUAUUAAGAAGAAAUCCUGAGCGGCGCCUUGGAGCUGGUGAAAAAGAUGCAGAGGAUGUAAAAAAGCACCCAUUUUUCCGACUAAUUGAUUGGAGUGCUCUGAUGGACAAAAAAGUAAAGCCGCCGUUUGUACCUACAAUUAGAGGGCGGGAAGAUGUUAGUAAUUUUGAUGAUGAAUUUACCUCAGAAGCACCUAUUCUGACUCCACCUCGAGAACCAAGGAUACUUUCAGAAGAGGAGCAAGAAAUGUUCAGAGAUUUUGACUACAUUGCUGAUUGGUGUUAAGUUGCUACACAAUGUGAAACCAAGCAGACUGACUCAUAAGAAGACCUCCUAAAAAUAGCAACCCUUCAUUUGCUCUCUGUGCCAACAAAAGCUUCUGAGUUUUUUUUAAACAUAUGAAGAUGUGUUUAAAAAUACUAUUCUAAUACCUUCUUGAAAAGUGGCUUUUCAAUGUAUUUUCAACGUAAAUCUGAACACUGGAAACAGUUUCAUGGAGUUUAAGCUGAAUGAACAUCGGCCAUGAAAAUCUAUCAGAAAUGAAUACUUUUGGAUCAGUAGUCUUAUUUUUUAAAAAAAGAAGAAACAAAAAAAAACACUCUUCUACAGUCCCUAGCUUUGCUGUACUCCUGUCUUAAAUGGAAGGAAAAUUAAUCAGUUAACUUUCCUUAGCUGUAUUUUACAAAAAGAGGAAAAAAGGGCUUGGGAUGCUAUUACUAUUCACACAUAGUAUGAUUCUGUUUGAAUAAGGCAAAUGCUCUUAUUUUUGUAAAGAAAUUACUGUAAUAUCAAAAAAAUUAGUUUGUGCACAUUUUGGGGCUUUUUUUCUUUAACAGAAUGAGUUGAUGUAUUAUAAAUUUUCUAUAUUUAUUAGGAGAAAAUUUUUAUUGCCUUAUCUUUACCAACUGUGUAACAGAGCCUCAUAGCUUUCCAACAGAGCUACUUGCCAAACAAUUAUGUUUAUUAAACCAACUAUGCUGAAACAAACAGAAACAACUAAACAUCUACAUUUACUUAAAAUUUUAAGAAUGAGGACUUACGAUCAGCCUGAACCAAGAUACUGUUACCUGUAUGCAUUCCCAAAGUCUAGAUACUCAGUAUGUUCAGUCAUACCUUUUUCCUAAAUCAGUGAACUGAUUACUCCUUUUUUUGAUAUUGUACAUUUAUCAACCUAGUUCAUCUUGUUCUUGUGUCUACUGUAGAAGGGAACUAUAUCUUUGUUAAAACAUAGGGAUUAUCAUUGUAUACAUGCUGUGAACAUGUAUAUGUGCAAGUUGUAAUGUAUUCUAUGUUGUAGGUUUAUUAUUUAAUUUCACCACUUCAUCACUUUUGUACAGUGGCCAAGCAGACACCUCAGACUCCAGCAUUUACGUUAAGUGCAUUUGUACAUUUUAGGCCACUGGAUCCAGAUUUUAUAUUGGCAGUUACUGAGGGCAAAAGCAAUAUUUUAUAACAGAAUGUAUAAAUAUUUUUGAUAAAACAGUCUAUAUUUUAUAAAAAUUAUUAUAACACUAAAGCUGUACCUCAAAAGUCUCAAAAAUAAUUUGAUCAAAUACUUUUUUACAACUCUUCAGAGGAUCCAUUUGUGGCUUUUUAAUGCUCUUUUAAGGAUAGGGAAGUCUUUCUGCAAGCCAUGACUUUUCUACUUGCCUGGAGUUUUGGGUUUUUUUGUUUUGUUUUAAUUGUUUUCCCUCCUAGUCUAUGACUUUAUUGUUUUUCCCUAGUUCAGUAAUAACAUCUUUGAUUCUGUGCUUAGCAUGUUAGGGCCAUCAUACCUCAGGAAUAGCAAGUUGUUAACUAACCAUACUGAGUUAACCAUUUAAUCACUAUGAUCUCAUGUCUCAAAAGUUGUUCAAGUUUAAAUCCUAUGAGAAAAAUGAAAGCACAUUGAUUUAUAGAGAAUUAAGCUUAAAACAUUUAUGAAUAUUUCAGCCUUGCCAGGACGUGUUGGCAUGUUUUUGCUAUACUCUGAGAACAGUUAAAUUGUUCAGAGAUAAUUCCUGUUUCCUUACAAAUUGAUUAUUACCCAUGAUCCUUUGGGGGAAAAUCUUACAGGAAGAGGGAGCAGCAAUAUGUUGUUUAAAAUUCUUUUAAAAUGCCAGUUAACUUCCUUGGUGAAGGACAGUAGAGGAUCUUAGCUUAAUUGUCUGGUUUUAAUGUAAACAGUGUUAAUACAACAUUAAAAAAAACACUAAAUACUUUUGAGGUACAGUCUGCUCACCUUUUCUGGUUCUCAAAUGUGCAUAGAAAGCAAUGUCUAAAAUAGGCGUUUAGCAUUAAAAACUGACAUAGCAUUUUGUAACUACACAGUGUACAGAAUUUUUUUUUAAUUGAAGUCAAUCACUAAAAAAAUUAGAGGGCAGGGUAUAUUCACACAAUUAAGCUGAAGAAAGCACUAAUUUUUUCUGUAGUUUCAAAAAUAUAUAUAUUUUAGUCAGAUUUAAAAUUUUUAAACUCUAUAGAAUGUAAAUAUAUUUUGUUAUUACUGUAUGUGUAAGUGACUGCUCAAGCACUUUGUAAGGAAAUUAAGAUAUUUUAGAAUGGUACACUAUGCAUUCAAAUUAAAUGUGCCUUUAUGUCAUUUUAGGAAAAAGUGUUUUGCAGUCAUAAAUUACCACAAAUGCACAAAUUAAAGUUUAUUAGAUUGUAAUUUGUAACUUUGUUUUUAAGUAUUAUUUCCUUUUGGAAACUUCCUAUUGGUCAGAAUAUGUAUUAGCUUUCCUAGAUUCAAGAUCUCAAAGACUAGUUAACUUUAGUUAGCCUUCUUGCAGGUACUUUUUGUCCUAGGGAAGGGCAAAAUCAUUAAGAGUCAAACCAAAUUGUCUACUUCACUGGUAACAGUGGGGAAAUUUUGCAUUCUGUUCCUGUAAGUUUAGUAGCAUCUUUCAUUCAGUGGUUACUUAUGGGUUGUCUUCUGUGUGCUAGACACUAAGGAUAGAAAGGUGAUAAAAAAAAAGGCACCAAAGUCUUCAUAAAUGAAGAAUGGUAAACAUUAAUGCUAAAAUGCAAGCACUAGUACUAUAUGUACUUUUCUCUUGUUUGAGAAUAACUUAUUUAAUUUUAGAAUCUGACCUUUCAGAAAAUAGGUAAGUGAAAACAGAAUACUAGCCAUUUUAUAGUCAUCUUAUUCAAAAAUUACAAAUGGAAUAUUUCAGAAAUGUAAAAAGAACCCUGCUAUCUCUGUGACACAGAUUAAGGUCAUAAUGUAAUCACCAUUGUAUGUUGACUAGGUGAAAGCUGCAUUAUAGAUUCAAAUCUAACAAAAUUUUUACAGGUGCUGCUGAUCUUCCCAAAGCAACUGAGGGUGAGUAUGAGAAACCCAAAAGAACAAAUGCCGGAUCAUAGUUUUAAUAUAGAAUUCUUGUUUACCUUCUAGCUGUCUUUUGAGAUCUAGUGUUUCUCUGAGAUAUACGCUUUAUAUGUAUAUACAUAUAUAACUAUAUGUGUUUAUAAAUAUAUGUAUGUAAAUAUAUACAUAUAUAAAUAGAGGUAAGUUUGUAAAGUAA